AACUGAAUUUUCAUAGUUGUUUACACGCAUGAUACGCUAACAGUAUAUGCUAGCUGGGUGAGAUAGCCUAUACAUUUAAUCCUAAUUAAGGUCCUCGUUCAGCUUCAGGAGCGUCAUAUUAUUAAUUUCUUGAUGAAGACAUGUUAGCUAAUGAGAGUAAGUUAGUAACGUUAGUGUUGCUGCUAUGAUAUCACAUAGCUUUGUCAGUUAUGAACUCUGUAUGGCUCUCAAUGGGAGAAUUGACAUAUGAACUGCACUGAACUUCACUGUCUCUACAGUAUUCAUUCAUUCAUAAGGUAAAUACGCAUUUGCUAAUAACACUGAGAUCAGCAGGGGGUUAACUCGUCAUACACCAAUAAAAACAGGCCAUGGCUCAAAGCUACGGCAGGGACCAUCUCCAUGACUCUGUUUCUAAACGAUCUAGAGACCCCAGCAGUGAUUAUAACAGCGAUAAACGACACCGAGCAGCAUCGGAUGAAGCCCAGCACAGACCUGCCGGGACUCUGAGCACUCGCAGACAGCUGUAUGAGAGAAACUUCCCCCUGUACAAGCAGCCGGUGGAGGUGGGCUUCUUCUCGCUGGACUCUCGCAGGAACUUCUUCAAUGAUCAGAGGCAGCUGCGAUAUUAUGUUGAGCCCAGAAAAAGUCCAGAUUUCAAUUUGAGGGAUGGAUACACCAGCCGCUUCGUAAAAAGAGAUGAUGGCGUGAAAGAGAAGCUUGAUCACGUGCUGAAGUGGAUUCUGGCCAACAGAGACAAGAUUCAGACCAGAGACCAAACCUCGUCCUCCAGCUGUGCUCUAGGUGUGGACUUUGUGACAUGGAGAGGACACCUAACCAAAGUGCUGACCACCCCAUACGAGACUCAGGAGGGGUGGAUGCUGGCCGCGUCCAAGUUCAGAGGCACCAUCUACAUCAGUGAGGUGGAAACGGAGGCUGCCAGAGCGAAUCGAAUGACCCGGUCAGAGCGGCAGGAGGAGAUGAUGUACUGGGGCUACAAGUUUGAGCAGUACACCUGCGCAGAUGAUGUGGAUGGCACUCCAGACCCGGGGGGCGUCGUGAACACCAAUGAGGCGUUCUGCACGGUGGUUCAGACCCGUCUGGCUGACCAUAAGCUGCUCUUCUCUGGGGAGGUGGACUGCCGCGUCAAAGACCCUGAUGCUCCUCCGGCUCCGGGGUGUUAUGUGGAGCUCAAGACAUCCGCAGAGAUCUGCACCCCGAAACAACGAAGUAACUUCCACAGGUAUAAGCUGCUGAAAUGGUGGGCGCAGUCGUUUCUUCCUGGAGUGCCACAGAUAGUCGCUGGGUUUCGAGACCAUGAUGGGAUAGUGGUGUCUAUUGAGACCUUCCAAACCUCCAAAAUAUCACACCUGAUCAAGAACGAGAUCAACUGCUGGAAGCCAACAGUCUGUAUGAAUUUCUGCAACGAUUUCUUGUCCUUCGUCAAAUCAGUCGUCAAAGAGGACAACCCAAGACUGGUGUACCUGUUCGAAUGGGAUCCACACAGAGAUGUGACCUACACCGUCCACAGAGACUCUCCAUUUACAUUCUUACCAGAGUGGUACGUGAAGGACACGAGGAGCCAGCAUUCAUCUCACCAUUGACAUGCUGUCAUUUUUAUCUGUCAUUAACAUACUGUAUCGGUGCUGUGCACAACUUGGUUUUCUGGAUUUAGUUUGGGACAUUAGAAAGUACAGUUUAAACAAACAUUGACUUUACGUCCAUGCGCACUUUGUGUUAAUUUUUUAUAUUGGGAUUUUAUUUUAGCUUUUGUUAUGUUGAUGAUGACUGCAAAAUGUACAUAUUUAAAGUCAGAUUUUUUUUUUUUAUAAUUUUAACAGUUCAAUAAAAUGACAAUGGGCAGGAAACACAAACAGAAUUUCUUGUAAAACAGUUAUGUAAAUUCAUUAUUUUAUGUGACUAUUUAAGAAUGAUUUUUCAAACAAUUUACUAGGGCUGUCAAACGAUUAAUCGCGAUUAAUCACGAUUAAUCGCAUACAAAAUAAAAGUUUGAGUUUGCCUAAUA